AGAUUAGUGAAAGAAAUCCUUGUGAUUUCAAGAGCGCCAACAUUCAAUAUUGUUUCCAACAACUACAACAUCAACAAAACUUCCAGCCUUAUUUCUGGUUUUCUCAGAAGAUCUCUUUGUACCUCGAAUACAUCAGACCCAAGCAUGAGUAAAAAGUUGAGACUCGCCGAUAGACUGACUGGAACAGAGAGCAAUGUUUGGGUGGAGUUUGGAAGCUUGGCAGCUGAGUACAAAGCUUUAAAUUUAGGACAGGGAUUUCCAGAUUUUUUCCCGCCAAAUUUCGUGACGGAUGCCUUGCACAGUGUGGCUUCCAACAAGGAGAAUCCCUUCCUUCAUCAGUACACGAGGAGUUAUGGCCACCCUCGGUUAGUGAAUGCCCUAGCACAGAUUUAUUCAAAAAUUUUCAACCGACCGAUUGACGCGCAGAGUGAGAUCCUGGUAACAGUGGGAGCAUACGAGUCCCUCUUCUGUGCCCACAAGGGAUUCGUCAAUCCUGGAGACGAGGUGAUCAUAUUUGAGCCAUUCUUCGACUGUUACGAGCCCAUGGUCCUGCAGGCUGGGGGCAUUCCUCGUUUUGUACCUCUAAGAUCGACAAAGCCGGCAGGUGAGCUGACCAGUACAGCAGACUGGACAUUCAGCAGAGAGGAGCUGACCAACCAGUUCAACGAGAAGACCAAGAUGAUCAUCGUCAAUAAUCCCAACAAUCCACUCGGAAAGGUUUUCACGAGAGAAGAGUUGGAAUUCAUUGGUGACCUGUGCAAGAAACAUGAUGUGCUCAUUCUGGCUGAUGAGGUGUACGAGAGGCUGGUCUACCCUGGCAAGGAAUAUGUCAGAAUCGCCAACCUACCUGACCUCUGGGAUCGAACGGUGACCAUAGGGAGUGCGGGGAAGACUUUCUCAGUGACGGGCUGGAAGUUGGGCUGGUCUGUUGGUCCCAGUCACCUCAUCAAGGCGCUCUGCACUGUUCAUCAGAAUUCCGUCUACACCUGUCCCACACCUAUGCAGGAAGCCGCGGCACUGGGAUUCGAAAGAGAGUUAUCACUGGCCGAAGGAAGUGAAGACAGUUACUUCUGGCAGAUUCCGCGAGAACUCGUGCCGAAGAAGGAGAAGAUCAUGAAGAUGUUGCUGGAGAUCGACAUGGUGCCCGUCGAGCCUCAGGCCGGGUACUUCAUCGUGGCUGACAUCUCCAAGACAGGUUUCAAAGUUGACCCGAAGAACAGUGAGUCGAAGGAUUACCAAUUCGUCAAGUGGAUGUGCAGAAACAAGAAAUUGUCAGCGAUACCGAACAGUGCCUUCUACACGUCAGAACACAAAAAACUUGCCGAGAAUCUUGUCCGCUUCUGCUUCAUCAAGGAGGAUUCUACAUUGGACAGAGCCGCCAAUAUUUUUCACGAGUGGAGAAGCUCUUUAAAGAACGAUUAAUCAAAAUUAAAUUAAUAUUAAUUUAUUAAUUGGAUUAAUUGUAAUUAAUUAAAUAGAUCAAUUAAAAUUAAUUAAAUAAAUUAAUUAAUCCUUUUAAUUUAAAUCGAGUUAAGUACAUUAUUGAAUUGAUUGAUUGAAAUGAAUUGUUCAUAAUAUUUUCAUUUUUUUCAUAAAUUAUUAUUAUGAUAGUUCGUCGCUCAAAUUUCUUGGAUGCAUAUACACGUGCUACUUGUGAAACAUCUUGUUUUUGCUGUCACGUUGUUGAGUUAGUUAAUGUUAUGUGAAUGAAUGAAUAUUAAUGUAUGUGCAUGUGCAGGCUUGGUCUGAUUGAUGACUGACCGCACUUACUUCAUUCGCUAUCAUUCUGUUGCAAGUCAAACCUUAUUAGUAAUUUUUUAUUAAGUUUGCCAUAAUUAUAUUUUUUAAAUAUGUUUAUAAGUUAUUUUCACUUAACUUUUUGUUUUGGCAUAAUUGGUGAUAACAUUUUCAUAAAAAAAUACUCUUACGAGUCCGAAG